CCUUCGCCCGCCAUGAUGAGCGUCGCCGCAGAGGCUUCGCUACAUUCCAUAAUAUCCCAACUAUCCCCACCUACGGCGGGCACCGAUGAUUACGACAACAUAGUCGUGGGCGUGCACUCCGACGAUGACAGCGUACUCAUAUACCCCAAUGAACGAGACGCCUCUUUCGUUAGCCUGGUGAAGGCAUCCCGCCCCCGAAGUGCCAUCAAGGCACGCACACCAGCUGUCAAGGCUCUCUUGGCUGACAUACAGCCUACUAGCGAGUCGUUCAAUGUCGUCGACGACAUCAACCUCCCUAUCCUCAAAUGCCUCCCAUCGACGCCAGAGGAAGCGGUCGGGAGCGCGACGAGUGUGCUCUGAUCGUCUGGCUCGACGACCUCAACAGAGUCGCGCAGGGUUUCCUCGAUAUCGAGCACCGGCUCAGACACGCUGUGCACCUGUGCGAAUGCAUCUCUAUGCCUUCGUCGGCGACACUGCGCUCCCUGAGCGAACCGGAGUCAGCUAUUUCGCUAGCAGACGACUUCUUGUUUGCCCCUUACCAUAGCUUCGACGACCCUCCCGCAAGUACACAUCCGUACGACCUCCCAACGCUGGAGCUGCCCGAGCUGGAUCUACCGUUCCGGCCCCUGGAGGCUGCGUCUUCGACUGAGGGCGACAUCUUGAACGAGGAUGACUCCAUGACCGUCGGGUUGGCAUCGAUCGAUGCCCAACCUAGACGGAACAUGGUAGGGGUACGCCCUACCAUAUUCCAUCCAGGUCUUGGAUGCGAACUUGCGCCCUCCUCGCUAUUGCCAGGCAACGUCUUCACGAGCAGAUCUGAAUACGCGAGGUCAGCGCCCUCUCACGAAACGGAACCUCAGACGAUCUCGCCGAGCCUACUGCACUCGCCGCACAGUAGCUACUCCACCACGCUCUCGCCGGCAUCGACCUCUGGUGAGCUGUUGACGCCCUGGUCUGCGGCUCCGAACACGCUGCCGGUAUGGACCACCCCGUCGGAGCUGCAGAUAUCGCCGACGAGUACGAUCGACGUCGCGUCCAUCGCCCCGGCGCCAAAGAUGCUCGACGCUGGGUCAAGCGAUGCAGACCCACACUAUCCUCGUGCCCAGUCCCCAAGGACGGUGUCGCCGUGCCCUGACGCCAGCACCGUACUCGGCCGCAAGCGCAAACGCGGCGCUGCAGAGACCACCGAGAUCCCGAUGGCCCGCGAGGUGAAGCCUCUGCCCAAGCGGCGUGCAAACCGCAUGGCAGAUGUUGCAUCGCCCGCCGCACGACUAUACCCUAUGCCCGGUCGCACCAUGCCUAUGACUCGCAGUCGACGGGGCCGAACCGUCGAGGAACCGCCAUCCGCCGGCCCAUCUACAACGAGGCGAGCGGACGUCGACGAUGGAGACGCAGAGUCGAUGGACGACGCCCAGAGUGUUGGCGGCGAUGUCAGCGACGGCGACGACGAGUACCGGCCCAUCGAUAUGGUGGUUGUUGAUGAGGACGAUACCGACUACGAACCGAAGCCUAAAAAGGGCCGCGUAGACGCUGGCACAAGCGGGGAGACGAGGGCUGUGGCAGCCAGCUCGAAGAGGAGCGUGACCAAACGUUCGAAGAGGCGACGCGGGGCUGGCGCUUUGACGCCGGGUGGGUCGAGGAGGGGCAGGUUCCCCUGCCAUCUGUGCGACAAGGUCUUGACUCGCAAGACGGACCUGGAUCGUCAUGUGGAUACCCAUCGUGAGCAUGCCGACCGAGGAGUCUUGUGCGACGCAUGCAGACAUCACUAUGCCCGCAUGGACUCCUACAAGCGACAUCUUCGCCCGGAUGGGACAUGUCCGAAGGCCAAGCAGGAUGAUCCUAUCGACGUUGACGACGAGGGGGACCUGACCGAACCAGAGAGUGAGGAAGACGCGCCGUCCUCUUAACGCGGCCAACGGGCAUCUGCAUUGUGCCGGACUCCGACUGUAGGUGGUGUGCACGUAUUAACUUAUCCUUAUCCUUAGCAUUCUCGCAUCGUCGUCGCUGUGCAUGUUGUGU